CUUCGAUCACUGUCACAGCGUCUGGGGAAAACAUAAAACACAGAGCGGUUCGCCUCCGUUAGUUGUCACUUCCUUAUCAAGUCAACAUCCUCCCAUCGGACUCGAAGCACCUCAGUAAUCCCUAUUGUCGCUAUUCCUUAAUCCACCAUGAAGUACCUCACAGCGCUGUUGAUACCUCUUCUCUAUUGUACUCCCAUAUACGCAGACUUUGCCGACGACGCUUUCUCAGCAAUAAGAACUCUACAAGAAAAAUGGUACAAUUAUGAUACUGGUUUAUGGAACGACUUAUGGUGGCAGUCUGGCAACAUUAUUGAGACCAUCGCCCGCUUCGGUAUCCAGGAUACCGACUUCAAGGAGUACGCCCUUAUGAUCAUCUCCAACACAUACGCCAAAUCGCCCCAACAGCACGGUGCAGAUGCAUGGAAAAACAAGUUCUAUGAUGACGAGGGCUGGUGGGCCAUGGGUUGGAUAGCCUCAUACGAUCUUACGGGUGACGUCAAGUACCUCAACACAGCCAGGGAUAUCUUCGCAGACAUGACUACGGGCUGGAAUACGCCGUGCGACGGCGGCCUAUGGUGGUCCAAAGACCGUGACUACAUCGCUGCCAUCUCAAACGAACUCUUCCUAUCCGUUGCUGCCCAUCUGGCAAACCGCGCCGAGGGCCAGCAAAAAGAGGACUACACCAAUUGGGCUCGGAUGGAGUGGGACUGGUUCAAGAAGUCAGGUGUAAUCAAUUCCGACGGCUUAGUAAACGAUGGCAUCGAUCCAUCGAGCUGCAAGAACAACGGCAGAACAACUUUUACCUACAACCAAGGCAUCGUCCUGGCCGGCCUUUCGGAAUUAGCUCGUGCAACAAACGACGGCGAUUACAUCGAAGAAGCCUACAAGCUCGCCACGGCGUCGACAUCCAAACUCAGCGAUGCCAGCGGUAUCCUUACCGAGCCCGUCGGUGGCGCUCUCGACCCCGUCGCCUCGCAGUUCAAGGGCGCAUACGUUCGCGGUCUAUCAACAUUGUACGAGAAUGUACCGCAAAAAGGUGUCCAGCAAUUCUUCAUGCGCAACGCGAAUGCAGCGAGGAGUCAGCCCAGGGUUGAUGGAGGCGUUAUUAUAGAUUUGUGGCAGGGGCCAAGCGACAAUGGCAACCCAAGUACACAUGCGAGUGGCAUUGACAUCCUUGUCGCCGCCGCGCUGGCUGGUGAAGCUUAAGAUGACUAGCAUUUGUUCUAGUAAUGUUUUAUACCCCGUUCUGUUUUCAUUUUCUCGGUUGUUUGCCGCUGGAUUUCGCGGAUUUUGUGGUCAUCUUCGUCCAAGAGAAGAAUCAUUUUGUUUAAUGGUAAUUACGAAUUUAACGACUAGAUAUCAGACUCUAUUUCUGAACGAUACUGUUCAUGUACGUGCCUAACAUCGUCGUUGGUG